AUGAUUCCCCUUACUACCGAGAUGAUUGACUGGAUCAUCAAAGAGCUUCAGUACAAGGCCUUGUUCUUUUUGCGCCAAGACAUGGUCAAGGCCUUCGAUGAGGGUAUCAUGAAAUCCGACUAUAUCGUUCCCCAAGAUCUUCGCCUCGCCCUUGUCGCGGCCGUGCGUCCACUUGAAGAAAUUCCAGCCAACAAGAAAGAUUACCACCCCUCGUCGGACUGGAAGAUCGUUAAUUAUGUAACCAACCUUCCCUAUAUCCUGGAACAUACUGCGAGAGUACCUUUGUGGAAUGAGACUCUGACACCCUUGAUCGAAGACGCCUACCAAAACUUCUACUGGAUCGAUUAUAGCGGGCCUGACAUGUCUCCGCUUGAGCCAGAGGAAGAUACAGAGUUCGAAGUCGACCCGAAACAUGAGGAGCCCAUGAUCGACGACUGGUCUAAUGGUUUGCGCCAGUGGAGAGCUUCGCACCGACUCCCUUUUCCCAAGAUCGGAGAGUUCGAACCAUUUCCCACGGUAGAGAUUGAGGUGGACAUGAAAACUAUGUUUCCGCAACAUGCGUUGCAUGUUAUCGUCAAGUUGGCCAAUAUUGAGUUAACCCCGGAAAAGCCAUCAUACGCAGGUGGGGGUCUUGGCAUAUUGCAGGGAGAAUGCAUGGACUGCCGACAGGGUCUUAUGGGUCUUAUUCUCACAUUCCCAAAUAUUGUCCAGCAUCGAGGGAUGCCUUUCGCACUAGCCGAUCCGACAAGAUCGGGCCAUUGCAAGAUUCUACCCUUAUUUCUGGUGGAUCCCAAUCUUCAGAUCAUUUCAACCGCCAACGUACCUCCGCAGCAAGUGGACUGGUUCGAGGAGACUGGCGGUGCGCGUCAUGAAGUUCUUGCCAGAUGGCUGCCUACAGAGCUGCAGGAUAUGAUCCAGGGAUAUCUGGGCGGUGAUAAUCUGAUCGGUAAAAAGGAGGCUGAGGAUCUACGAGUGGAACUCAUGGAGGAGCAAUCGGCAGUGUCCAAAGACCAAGGAUGGCUUUUCGACCACCACAACAUGCCUCCAGUCUGCAGUUACUGA